GAGAUUAUCGCUUAAAAACACGGACGUAUAUGUCGUCUGUUGAACAGCUUUUUUUAUAUUGUUUCUUUAACGAAAUCAAAACAUCAUGAGAUUCAGUCGCUGAUUGAGGGGGAAAAAAUGAUAGAAAUGAGCUAAGAGGCUUUAAAGUACGAUUGCUAGCCCAACAAGUGCGUGAAGCUGCCAUUGAUAAGUAUGGGUGCCAAUGUAAUGAGUGACCGUUUUGCGGUUUUCCUGGCACUGACCAGGCGCAAUCGUAAGGUGGGUCGGAGCGAGUGUUUCAAGGACACAGCCACUGGAGUGAGUGCAGAAGAACAAUGAGCAGGGCAUUCUUUUUGUAGUAAUAGUUCGUGGGAAACAAUUCUCGUUAUUGUUGACGUUGUUGUCAUGUUCAAAACAAUUUUGUAAACAAUUUAAUGCCGCGAGAGAAAGAGUGAGAAAGAGAGUUGUCUUUCUUGACCUGUUUUUUCUUUUCUUCUGUAGAGAUCGUUCAUGCCUACGAUGGCUAGGCUUUUAAUGAAAAAUAUUCUGAGAGACUGGGCACAUUUUUUAAAAGCUUACAAGUAUUCAAGCAGAAAGAAAACUUUAUUUAGUUUUUUUCUUUCUUCUCUUUGGAUCCAGAAUAGAUUAAUUAGAAAUUUUCAACACUAUACUUACCCCCCCCCCCCCCCCCCAGAUCCCAAAGAUAUCAAUCUGCAUGAUAAAUUUUCAUAAGAACAAAUUGUGUUUCUCUAUAACUUUUAAAUGAAAAAAAAAUAAAUAGUUUGGAUCUUCUGCAGGUGUUAAAUAAGUUUAUACUUGUCCUUUUAAAUUAAACAUUAAAGUCACGUGCCUUUUGAACGGCGAAGGAGACACUUUAACGUUAAGUUAGUAAUUGAAUUGAAAAAAAUAAAAAUAAAUUUCUAAUUGACAAGUAAUUGUGCUGGGUCAUAUCGCAACGCAUUUGUUUACAAACAUGUGGCUGAAAAAUGGAUUGUUUCCCUUUCUGUGUAUACCAUCAACUACCUGUUAAUUGGAAAGAUAAAAGAGAAUUUAUGCCUCUUUGAAGUGUACAGAGGUGUUCAUUAGUUCAAGAACAUAACGCACUUCCGAAUUUUAUUUGCAUAAAUUUCAUAAAAGGGGCCUUAAAAAUGUCCCAAUGAUUAAUAAUUCAAUAGAUAACAUUGAAUGGGUUAGGACCGAAUGUUGAAUAAAAGUGUUUUUGAGGUUUGAAGUAAAUUAAACAUGCAAUUGACAGUCGUUGACCUUCUUUGUAAGAUUUGUUUGUACUACAAAUACACACAACCAUUCAGUAGGGGGAAAAAUUGUCAUUCAUGUGGCAAGUCGAGAGGACGGGGAAUCAUUGAUUGGCUCAGAUAUGGGAAAGGGGGCGUGACCUAGGAACUGUACAAAAGGCACAUGGUAGAACACUACUACUACUUCUUUGCGUUUGCUAAGGUUAAGAGUGAGAAGACAAACCGAUGGAAUUAAAGGGGAAACAAUGAAAAAACAAUGGCAUUUAAACUUUUAUAUCAAAUUCAUUACUUGCUAUUUGUUCCUAUGCUAAUAUAUUGCCAAAAGCAGAGCCAUCCAGGUGCUAGUGCAGGUUUACGAGAAGUAGUAUACCCGGUGCGAAUUGGACGGGAUGGAUACCCUCACAGCACACAUUUUAUAUCAAAAAGAAGUACUAGUUAUGUGCAAAAUUUUGAUUCGAAUGUGCAGUAUGUGUUCCCAGCCUUUGGGAAAAAUAUUUCGCUGGACCUUACUUUCACCCAGGAGUUUAUAGCGCCGACACUCGUGGUGCAACAUUUUUCUGGGAAUAAUACCUGGUUAGACGAGACCCAUGAAAAUGUGGGUCUGUCACGCUGCUUCUACGCUGGGCGGAUUAACCAAGAUUUAAAUUCGAGGGCUGUAUUUAGCCUGUGUGACGGUCUGACUGGAGCCUUCCAGUUUCAAGGAGAGAAGUAUUUAAUAGAACCAAGUUCAGAGCAUGGGCCAUCCACUUUAGGAAGCCUGCCUCAUUACAUCUACAAACAUUCAUAUGCGCAAAAAAAUAGAACCCAAAAAUCUCAUUGUGAUGUUCAAGAAAAUUAUAAGCACACAAGGAGGAAAGAUGAAGUUGAAUCUAGGAAUAAGAAUAGAGUAGAGAAGUCUUCAUUUAAUUCCCAAAGUGCACAAACUGAAGUAAAUAGUGCAUCUAUACAUCAAACAUCUAAGUUCUCAUCAUCAUCCCAAUCAUCAAAAUCAUUGCCCUAUCGUCAUCAUCGCCAAAAGCGUUCAACCUCAUAUAAACGCAAUGUGGAGGUCAUGGUUGCUGCAGACAACAAGAUGUUACAAUACCAUGGAAAUGACCUUGAAAGAUACAUCUUGACCUUGAUGGCAAUAGUUUCUAGUAUAUACAGAGACUCGUCAGUUAGCAAUUACAUCAACAUUGUGGUGGUAAAAAUAGCUGUCUUCAGAUCUGAACAGGAUGGGCCCCGGGUCACCUCAAAUGCUGCUGCAUCACUCAAAGAUUUCUGCACUUGGCAAUAUGUCACCAACCCUACUGAUGAUAGUAACCCAGACCAUUAUGAUACCGCUGUACUCAUUACAAGACAGGAUAUCUGCAGAGCACGCUACAAAUGCGACACGCUGGGACUGGCAGAAUUGGGGACAAUGUGUGACCCUCGUAGAAGCUGCUCCAUCAUUGAAGACAAUGGAAUUAGUGCUGCUUUCACAAUCGCACAUGAACUUGGACAUGUAUUCAGCCUGCCUCAUGAUGAUAAUAAGAGAUGUAAGAAGUUCUUGAUGGGACCUUACACAGACCAUAUUAUGUCUCCCACGCUUGACCACAACACCAGUCCAUGGACCUGGUCCUACUGCAGCUCAGAGCUCAUCACCAGGUUCAUUGAUGCAGGUUCAGCGGAGUGUUUAUUAGAUCGCCCGGGUAGACGACGAGAGCGAUCUGAGAAAGGAGAACCAGGUGAACUGUACAGCAUAGACAAACAGUGUGAACUUAUGUUUGGACCAGACUUUAAGAUCUGCCCUUAUAUGCUGGACUGCAAACGACUGUGGUGCACGGAUAGUAAAUCAAAGUCUAAGGGCUGCAAGACGCUCCAUAUGCCCUGGGCAGAUGGGACCAAGUGUGGUGCAGGCAAGUGGUGCCAACGUGGAACUUGUGUUACCAAGUCGAUCAUCAAAGCUAUCGAUGGCAACUGGGGAGGGUGGGAAGUGUAUGGUGACUGCACAACUACCUGCGGGGGAGGGGUCAGAAUGGCCAUCCGAAAGUGUAACAGUCCAACACCAGCCAAUGGAGGUCGGUACUGCACUGGACGUAGAACCAGAUAUAAAUCUUGUAACACGAAGCCCUGUGACCCAGGCAGCAAGGAUUUUCGAGAAAUCCAAUGUUCUGCUUUCGACAACAACCUAAAAUUGCAGGGUCUUCCAUCAAAUGUCCGAUGGGUCCCAAAGUAUGCAGGAAUUCGUCUGAAGGAUGCUUGUAAGCUGUACUGCCGAGCCUCUGCUAGUUCUGCUUUCUACCUGUUGAAGGACAAGGUUGUGGACGGAACCAAGUGUGGGCCUGAUACCUUUGACAUGUGUGUGAAUGGUAUCUGCCAGAAAGCUGGCUGUGAUAACAAACUGGGUUCCAACAUGGUGGUGGAUCGAUGUGGUAUUUGUGGUGGAGACAACUCGACGUGUCGCAUGGAGAGAGUCUUCAACCGUUUCAACCUGGUCAAUUUGACAUAUGGCUACAACUAUGUUCAUACCAUGCCAACCGGAGCACGUGAAAUUGUGGUGAAACAACAUGGUGUUGUAUCAGGACUUGAUGAAGAUGGCAAUUUUUUAGCUUUAAAGAAUGGCAGUCAACAUUUCCUUUUAAACGGGAACAAGACCAUUAAUGUUGCCAAGACCAGGAUUCGCGUGGCAGGAGCGUGGAUAGAAUACAGUGGCUCCGGGGCGGUGGUGGAGAAGAUCAAUGCCACAGGGCCAAUCCAAGAAAGUAUCUCACUCUGGGUCUUGUCGGUGGGGGAGUUGUUUCCCCCUAAUAUAGAGUACACAUACGUCCUGAAUGUAGAGUCUCGUUUUGUGUGGAGUUGGAAUGGACCGUGGGAGUCUUGUAACAGAACAUGUCAAGGCUACAGAACAAAGUCAGUGGUGUGUAUCAGUGAUGAUGCAGAAAGAACCGUCGUCUCGGACAAGAAGUGUGAACGUCAUCCGAUUCCCAAACCAAUCUCAAGGACAGAACGCUGCAACAUGGGAUGUACUCUUAGGUGGGAGGCUGAAAGACAUGAAUGCUCAGCCAGGUGUGGAGAAGGGGUGGCUAAACAAACGGUGAGGUGUGUGAAGAAGACUGGCUGGAGAGAGGAAACAGUGUCUGAGGAUCUGGUCAUGUGUUCAGGGGACUGUAACCCCGCUCAGUGGCAGUACACAGAGUGGUCCAGGUGCACUAAGACUUGUAAUGGAGGUUUCCAGGAGAGGGUAGGGAGAUGUAUGGAUUACCGACAGAAUGAGCUUCCAGAUUCCGAGUGUGAAGACACUGGCAAGGUGAUGAUCCAGAAAUGCAACGAACAGCCUUGUCCGGAGUGGCAUGCGAGUGCAUGGAAUGGGUGUUCACACACUUGUGGAUCGGGAAUCCGACACAGGAAGAUCUUCUGUUACCAAGGAAAAACUAAAGUCUCUGAGAAGGAAUGUGACCGAAGCAGCCGGCCCUCCAACGUGGAGGUCUGCAACAAGGGGUCCUGUCCUAUCUGGCACACCUCUGGCUGGGAAAGGUGUUCUGUGAGCUGUGGACAUGGGGUGUCUGUCAGAAACGUUCAGUGUCGCAGCAUUGAUGGUCAGAUUUUGAGGGGAGGAAUCUGUGAUCCUUCAAGUCGACCUUAUGACACCAGGAAAUGUUACAUGGGACCGUGCCCUCUUAGACCACCACAGAGGUCAAUUGUCGCUAAAAUGACCAACAUCACCACUACUACUACACCUACCACCACCCCCACCACCACCACUGAUAGGGCAACCACCACCACCACGACACGACAACCAGUCAAAUGGAGAGCCAGUGAUUGGUCUCAGUGUUCUGUGACUUGUGGGGAGGGCAGAAGGAACCGCUUUGUCAGAUGUGAGGAUUCCCAGGGAUAUAUGAGAAGUCCUACCCUCUGUGGUCAUCUAGACCGACCUGUCAGUUCUGAGGCCUGCACUGAACGGCCCUGUGGGUACUGGAGGUCUGGACCCUGGGGACAGUGUAGUGUAACUUGUGGGGAAGGAGAGAGGGUGAGGCAAGUCAUAUGUUUCAAUUACAACCACCAACGUACCGCAGUCCACCAGUGUAACGCAGCCAUCCGACCGGAAACCUCACGGAAAUGUCAAAUGACAGACUGUCCAGGAGACGUCGUCUUGAAAACACCAAAGAAAAGCAAUAUCUCUCCACCCGGUGAUUGGAGGACUGGGCCCUGGACCAAGUGUUCUGUAAGCUGUGAUGCUGGCUGGCAAAGAAGACUGGUAGUGUGUCUGUCUAACAAUGAGCACAGCGAACAAUGUGACGUCAACCGCAAACCUGAGGAGACGCGGAUCUGUAAUAUGCCUCAAUGUCCAUCCUGGAAAACUGGGCUUUGGUCUCAGUGCUCCGUCACCUGUGGUGGAGAUGGAAUACAGAGUCGAAGAGUCACCUGUGAAAUGGGCAACACUCGCAUUGUGCAGGACUUCAUAUGCAACAGCACUCGGCGUCCAGUCGUCCGACAAGCAUGCAACAAUGGUCCAUGUCAGACUAAACGUCGCUGGAAGGUGAACCCGUGGCAAUCGUGCUCAGUGACGUGUGGAAGAGGCCACCAGCAAAGGGACAUUAAGUGUGUUGAUGAUUCUGGAAAUGAACAGGACCCCUCAGAGUGCCCCCGCGGUAAACCGCGCAGCCUCAAACAGUGUCACAUGGGUCGCUGCCCAAAGUGGUACCGAGAAAAGUGGUCUAAAUGCUCAGUGACAUGUGGCAAAGGAGUGAAAGUCCGAACUUUGACCUGCAAAACUCGACACUUCCAAAUUGUGGAUUCUUCUUACUGUAGUAUUACACGUAAACCCAAAACACAGAGAGUGUGUAGUCGUCGACCAUGUUCUAACUAUUCCUGGAGGAGGGAACCAUGGAGCCAGUGUUCACAGACGUGUGGGUUUGGAACAAAGACCAGAAGUGUGUACUGUGUGGAUAGACGAGGACAGAGAGUGGACGAAUCACUCUGUGGUCAACAGCACCAACCCAAGUCGCGCAGACGUUGUAACGAGUUUCCGUGUCCGUACAUUUGGAAUACUUCUCCUUGGACAGAGUGCAAUGCCACAUGUGGAGAGGGAAUACAAACGAGAACUGCUGUCUGUCAGGCUGUCACUAAAGAGGGCUGGAUCUUACCUGGAUCUGUGCCUUAUGGGUGUCGGCAAGAAGAGAAACCACCCACUAUUCAGAGGUGUAACUUUGGUGACUGUGGCUCCGCCCAUCACUGGGUCGUGGGGUCAUGGGGAAAAUGUUCCUCCCGAUGUGGGUGGGGGAAGGAACGGCGACUGGUUCUCUGUGUGGACGUAUUAGGAAGACGACGAUCUCGAAAGCAGUGCCCUCUAGAGUUACGACCAAUAGCACAGCAAAAGUGUUACAGUGGACCAUGCUAUGCAAGAUCUUGUUUAGAACUAAAGGAGAAAACAAAAAUUCGUCAUGACGAUAUGUACAGUUUACUUGUCAAACGGCGGAUACUUCAGAUAUAUUGCAAGAACAUGAGGAAACAACCACAGGAAUACAUCUCCCUUUCGGCUGGAAAUAACUUUGCUGAAAUCUAUGGCUUGAAAUUACAGCGACCAAAUAAUUGUCCGAACAAUGGCACUCGACCAGAUGUUUGUAAGGAGUGUAGAGGUAAACAUUAUAAAGAGGCAGGCAACACAACCUACACCAAAAUACGUAUCGACCUCGCAUCACUCCGAGUCAUCACCAAUGACACUACAUUUACCACAGGCAGCUAUGGAAAGAGCAUUCCAUUCGCCACUGCGGGUGACUGUUAUAGUUCACAAGGGAAUUGCCCACAGGGUCGGUUCAGCAUUAAUUUGGCCGGGACAGGGUUUAUUGUGUCCCAGAAUUCCAGCUGGGCUCUCAGUGGUCCCAAUGCCUCCAAGAAAAUUCACAUCCUGAAUGAUGGUGAAAUUGUGCGGGGUCAAUGUGGAGGGUAUUGUGGAAAAUGUAUCCCAGAUCCUGUUUCUGGACUCCAACUGGACACCAGGCACUGACCAAUGCCUAACUUAGGUAGAUGGUAAAUCCAUAGAAAAAAUCAUGCCGAGUUCUUGUGCCUGACUCGCAAUUCCGUCCUUGAAUACUUACAAAAUGUCUCGCGAAGUCUCAGUUGUAUUCAGGAACAUCCCCAAGGGAACACAGGGUGAGAUGCAGCUAGGUCAGAGGUUGAAGGUCAAGGAACAGAUGGUGUUCAAAGCCUUAGCACGGUAGUAGUCCCCUUUACUCCAGGAUCGCCAGUUGACAGUGGACUUCAAGCUGCAGCAGAGGAAAUUCUGAUCUCCAAGUCAACCAUGUAUUUUGAUCUGAUGUAAUGAUUACACAUAAUGCGUAUAUCAUAUUGUAUGAGAAAUACAUUUUCCAUACCAUUUCUUAUUUAUAUGUGCACAAUUAAAACAGCAUGCAUUUAAUUCACCAUCUUCAUAAAGCUCAUCACUUGUCAUUUUCGAAAUAUACUUUCAUUUUGUCGUUGAGCUCCAUUUAUUUAUAACUUGUCAUCCAUUUACAUAGAUAUAACCUACAAAAUUUAGAGAUGUCAAGAAGAGAACAAAUUCUCUCAUGAACUGCCUCAGCAUUUAUGACAUGUUGAAAAAGAAUCUUUUGCAAAUGUGAUGUAAACAUGUUUUUUUCUAACAUCAUAGAAAUGAAGCAUUACUUUUUUUUUUUUCUUUUUUUUUCUUUUUUUUUUUUUACUAUAGACUGUUUUAUAUGCAAACUGCAGGGUAAUUGUUUUCAGCUCCACAUUGAUGAAAAUAAUGAUUAUACUGAUCCUUUGUAAAUGUACAACAUUGUGGGAGGGAUUGUUUACAAGACUGUUUACCAGUCACACAAGAACAACUAACUACAUCAUAUUGUAUAUAGACAUGUAGUAUACAAGUGCAAUAUUUUAUAGGACUGUAUUUCAGUAGUGUUGAAAACUACUGAGUGUACAAAAUGUGCUAACAUAGUUAGUACAAAAAAUAUAGAGGAAAACCGGCAUUUUGUGACGGUGUACAUUCACAUUCAAAGCGGAGUGAAAUGUACCUUCUUACUACAGUGAUUGAAAAAAUGCAAUUCACAAAAUUAGGGUUUUUCUUCUUCACUUUUCUGACAAUUUUUUUUUUAAGAAAGAAACUAAUUUGCUAGCAUAGAGAAAGUAAUUUUAAAAUGUGUAUUGCUUUUAUUCAUAAGGGGGGAAAAAAGAAUGUUACAUUAAUAUAAUUUACAUUGAUAAAAUUAUUGGCAUAUAAAAUAAUUUUUGUAAUUUGCUUGUGUUACAGGAAAAUGAGUUGAAAUGUUAAUUAGAUGUACAAUGAAGCUUUGAUGAUAGUGGAUUUGUAGUUAAGUCUCAGGCCCUAUGGAUAAUCAAAAUUACCGUUUUGUAAUAAAUUAAGUUGUAUGCAUUCUCACUGCCAAUUUGUAUAUAUCUAUCUAAUAUGUUAAGUAUACAUGGCUUCUUUUUUUUUUAUCCCCCCCCCCCCCUCAGAGAAUAAAAAUAUUCCUCGUAGUAAUGUCCUUCACCCAUGUACCUGCUGGAAUUAGUAUUUAUUUAUUGAAUGUUGGUAAAAAAAAAAAUUAAAUAUCUUUCUUUCCUUUAAAUAAAUAAAAAUAAAUUGCUCUUGAAAUGUGUACUAUUUUCCCCCUAAAUACAGAGGGGGGAAUUCCUGUUUGUUGUCUUUAGAAGUGAGAGAGAGUGAAAGAAAAAUAUUUCUUAUAAACAAGGACAAAUAUUUCCUUGAGCUUUUGGAAUCUGUAUGGGCUCUACACAUUUAUACAUGCAUGGGGGGGUUCUUUGUAUACUGAAUGUAUUUUGGUAUAAAUUUAUGAAAAAGGGGUCAUUAUCGUUUAGUAAUUUAUUCACCUAAAUGUAUGUUAUACCGGUUUAACUUUUAGCUGUCUUUUGUUAUAGAUCGUAAUUGACUUUUGACUGUAUUUAGAUGCAGUAAUAUGUAGCUUUAACACUUACAGCAUUGUACAUUUCCCCAAGUAUUUAUUGCAUUUAUAUGUUCAUUGUACGCACAAGUUGAAGCAAACAUUUGCUUUGCAUAUAUAUUUUUUGUUCUACUAAAAGUAUAUGUUAGGGAAACUGAUUUGAAACAAUCAAGUCCAAGUUUUCUUUGGCACCAUGCAUACUUUUUGAAUGUUUUCUAUGACCAUCAUGGAUGUAAAAAUUAUAAUAAUAAUAUUUAUUUAUAUAGCACCCUAUAUGAUUAUAAAUAACCACUCUAAAGCGCUACACACAAUAAAAAUGAUACACCAUGUUAUAAAAGUAGUAAAAUGAAAUUUUAAUAGCAUUAAGACAGAAUAAUUUAAUUCUUAUUGUAUCCUUGUCUCUGAUUGGUCAAGUUCCAAUUGAGGAAUGCAGGUUAUUUUUGUAUAACCUGGUUUGGUAUGGGGACACACCCCCUUGACAACCAGAAGCCAGAACUAUUUUUUCUCUCUCUAAAUUUACAUUGCAGCACUGUUUUCAGCGUUCUAUGGAAUAUUAUAAAGUCAACUUGUACAAUAAGAUACUUCGGUUUGAUACGCAUACUGUUUUCAUCUUAAGUGGUCAAAAUAUUCUGUGUGUAUAGUGAUAUGGAUGGGUACAUUUGAAAAUAGACUGAAAUUAUUUUAUCUUUUAAACAUAGGACAUCUUUUUUCAUGUUGAAAGUUUCUAUAUGCGCUGAGUGGUGUGACGCACGCCAAGAGAUCUAUUUGGAAUUGUACAGAAAAGGAUUUAGGUUAUUGACUUUUUGUUAAGAAUAUCCUUUCAGUAUUCUGUGAAAAGUAAUUUCUGCAUAUAACAUGCCUACUUUGAACAUUUUAUUCCAUAGGAGCUAAUUUGAGGUGUUUAUUUGGAAUGUGAACUAUUUUAUGUAAAACUGAAGUGUAAAUACAAACUGCUGAAAGUAAAGCCCACUAGAGAAAAACCAGUAUACAUGUAGAUAGAUAUGUAAAUAUGGUAGCAUUUUUAUAUGUUUUGUAAAUUUGUACAUAACAAGUUAUUUAUAUUAAUUGUAUAUAGAAUAUUGCUGUUCUCUGUCGCCAUUGUUCGGUGGGUACAUGUUAGGAAUCCAAAGAAUUGCCUCUUUCAAACAAUCAGCAUUAGUUUGAUGCAGAUGUAUUUAGCAAUGCACUUUUAGAGGAAACAACUGAAGUUAUUAAAGACCAUCAAAGAAUAAUAUAAGAGUACUCUUUAUUUUGUGAAAUAACUCGUUAUGCUAAUUAUUAAAAAAAAUCUUGUUUCAGUGAAAUGACAGUUCAUACUGAAAAAAGAUUUCUACUCCACCCCCACCCCCAAAUCUUACCAUAAACUCUAAUAGCAAUAAUAAUCUGUAAUUUAACUUUAUGACUAUAAAAUAUACAAAUAUGUUAAUGAAUAUGUAUAAGAUUUAUUUAUGAUUAUUCAUAAUAUAUAUAUAAGUUAACUUUUUAUAUACUUCUGAAAAGAAAACCAAACAGAAUUAUGAAAUUGUCAUCUAAAUUAUCUGCACAACUGCCAUUUCAUCAUGGAUAUAUAUAUAAUUUAAAUAUGUCGCCAGUAUAUACUAGGGACAACUGCAGCCAGUUCGAAGAAAGGGAGAACAUGAUCUCAAUAUUUUACUUUCAAUAUCAAUAUGCUGCUAAUGUAUUUUGUACUAUAGUAUGAAAGUCCAAGAUGUGUGUAUCUUAAGCCCUCUGCUUUCUGAAAGGGCUUCAGUUGUAAAUUAUUUUUGAAAUGUCAUUAUGUCAUAAAACAAUAGGUUUUUCUCUGAAUUUUACAAUUACAAUGACUAAAAAUUAAAAAGGGACCACUGAGCCCUGCUAUGCAUGUCUGGCACUUUUGAAUAAGGAACUGUCAUGUGGUGUGUUUUUUUUUUAUUUCUGCUUCUCAUGAGAUUUUUUCUUCUUCUUCUUUUUUUUCUAUUUUUGUGUGAUAAUUUUCUCUUUCUGAGUUUGGUAAUGUAAAGUGAAAGAUAGUUAUAAGUUUCUUGUUUCUGUGAAGAAUGUUUGGUGGUAACAUGAGAGUUGUAUUGUUUUUUUAAAUAUUUAGGAAUAUGUGUGACUGACAUGAUUCAAUGUGUAUGAUUGUUUAAGGGUAAAUGUGUGUUAUGAAAUGUUUUGUGAAUCUAUUAAUAUUGUUUUUGAAUUUUUAAUAUGAAAAAAUUAUUAAAAUUGUCACGUAACUCAUUAAA